CGCCCGUCCGGGUCACGUGGCGAGGCCGCCGCCGCGGCCAUCACCACUGUGGGCAGCCUCACUUGGCCGCUGCCGCCGCCGCCGCGACCCCGGCCCGUACCUGGGCUUCGCGCCCGCCAAGUGGGCCCAGCCCUGGCUCCUGCGCCCUGUGGCGGCCACCUCCAUCGCCUUGCUUUCCCUUCGGGCACUGGGGGUCGCUAAGGGCGGGAUAUGGGUGAACGGAAGUGAAAGCUGUGAGCGUCGCAGCCCGAGGCGCCGAGGCCUGAGGCGCCGUCGGGGCCACCGCGACGCUCGCAUGGAGAGCGCUGGGCGCUGGGCUGUGCACCGACAGCUAACCGGGACCCACGGUCUCUGCGGGGCGAGAGCUUUGCAGAACCGACUGGCCGACCGGGGCGCGGGAACAUGAGGCUUGGCCAGGAGCCCGCUGCGGGCCAGGCGCGCGGUGCGCAGGCAUACCCGGGUCGCGGGUGAACACCGCGGAGCCCCGGGACUUGCCUGUCGUUGCUGGUGGCGGCAUGGUCUUCUGUCUGUCGAGCGAGGAGCCGCACCGCCCGCUGCGAAGCGACAUGGUCCACUUCCAGGCCUCGGAAGUCCAGCAGCUGCUACACAACAAGUUCGUGGUCAUCUUGGGGGACUCCAUUCAGCGGGCUGUGUACAAGGACCUGGUGCUCUUGCUCCAGAAAGACUCACUGCUCACAGCUGCCCAGCUGAAAGCCAAGUACCUUGAGGAUGUUCUGGAAGAGCUGACCUAUGGACCUGCCCCGGACCUGGUGAUCAUCAACUCCUGCCUCUGGGAUCUCUCCAGAUAUGGUCGCUGCUCAAUGGAGAGCUACCGGGAGAACCUGGAGCGGGUGUUUGUGCGCAUGGACCAAGUAUUGCCAGACUCCUGCCUGCUGGUGUGGAACAUGGCGAUGCCUCUCGGGGAGCGUAUCACUGGGGGUUUCCUCCUGCCAGAGCUCCAGCCCCUGGCAGGCUCCCUGCGGCGGGAUGUGGUUGAAGGGAACUUCUACAGUGCUACGCUGGCCGGGGACCACUGCUUCGAUGUCCUAGACCUCCACUUUCACUUCCGGCAUGCAGUACAGCACCGUCAUCGGGAUGGUGUCCACUGGGACCAGCAUGCGCACCGCCACCUCUCACACCUUCUUCUGACCCACGUGGCUGAUGCCUGGGGUGUGGAGCUGCCCAAGCAUGACUAUCCCCCUGACCCGUGGAUUGAGGACUGGGCAGAGAUGAAUCAUCCAUUCCAGGGAAGCCAUAGGCAGACCCCAGACUUCGGGGAGCACCUGGCCUUGCUCCCACCCCCACCUUCUCCUUUGCCUCCUCCCAUGCCUUUUCCCUACCCACUUCCUCAGCCCUCGCCACCUCCCCUCUUCCCACCCCUGCCCCAGGAUACCCCUUUUUUCCCAGGCCAGCCCUUCCCACCCCAUGAAUUCUUCAACUAUAAUCCAGUGGAGGACUUCUCGAUGCCACCCCACUUAGGAUGUGGCCCUGGAGUGAACUUUGUGCCUGGCCCUCUGCCACCUCCAAUCCCUGGCCCUAAUCCCCAUGGUCAGCACUGGGGCCCAGUGGUCCACCGGGGGAUGCCACGCUAUGUUCCUAACAGCCCCUACCACGUGCGGAGAAUGGGGGGGCCCUGCAGGCAGCGGCUCAGACACUCAGAGAGACUGAUCCACACAUACAAACUGGACAGACGGCCUCCUGCCCAUUCGGGGACAUGGCCUGGGUAGACUGGAUCUUGGGCUGGGACUGGAUGUGCCAAUGGCCCUGCAGGGCCUGCCUGGCACGUCAGGUACUGGGCUAGGGUGUCUGCUAUGCCUGGUAUUGUUCUUGUUCAUUGCUGUCACCAAUAAAGGCGUGGAGGAACAGAGUGACAAA